AUGAGAUUGUUGUUGCAAACAUAUGAGAUUCAGCUCGUUUACAAGCCAGGAAAAGAUUUACACAUUGCUGAUGCUCUAAGCCGUGCUAAAAAUAAUCGACAAUUUGUGGAAGAUUCGCAUUUUAGCUACGAAAGUGUGAACUUGUUGGCCUUAUCAGUGGUCUUAGCUCCGACUUCUCAGGAAAAAUUUAUUGCAGCAACGUUAGCAGAUCCAACACUGCAAGCGGUCCUGUCAUUUGUUCCAAACGGGUGGCCUGAACAUCGAAAGAAUUGCAAUGCGGCAACCAAGUUGUUUUGGCAACACAGACAUGACCUCAGUGAGUGCAACGGCUUGAUACUCAAAGGCGAACAAAUUGUAGUUCCUGCAUCCCUACAGUCUGAUGUUCUUAGACAAAUUCAUGACGGCCAUUUAGGCAUCUCCAUGUGCAUCGAAAGAGCCAAUUUAACGAAAGUUGCCGCUGAUUUAUACGAAAUUCGUGGAGUUCAUUAUUUGUUGGUCGUAGAUUACUUCAGCAAAUGGCCUUGUGCAGUGCCUCAGAAAACUAUCACUAGUGCGUCAGUGAUUACUGAACUCAAGCGUUUCUUCAUUGAUUUUGGUGUCCCGGAGCAACUUGUGUCGGAUAACGGGAAAAAAUUUGAUUCCGCGGAGUUUCGUCAGUUCUGCAACGCUUUAAAUAUUCGUUCUACAACCUCCAGCCCUGAAUACCCUCGCUCCAAUGGAUUAGUGGAAAGGAUGGUACAAACGGUAAAAGAGUAUUUUAUCAAAUCUCAAAGUAAAGGAAAGACCCUAUUAAAUACAUGCAGCCGCCGUCGUUUAGGUUUUACUGGAAUAGCAACGCAUCCACCUGCGCCACCACCACCGUCUGCACCUCCACCAGCGCCGCCACCGGCCGCCGUGAUCAAUGUUUGA